AACAUUUCUCAGUUUUUUGAAAUCUCAAGAAAUAGCUUAGACACAAGAGAGACUUGUAAACAUGCCUAGUAACGGUGCAUUAGAAGAAACAAAGGUUCCUUUGUUAGAAGAUUUAUCAUCAUUUUCACCUGUCCGCUCCAAACAUGAACAAGAUGAUCAUGAAGAUCAAGAUUUUAAAACACGGUUUUCGAUUGAAUCAAAGAAGUUGUGGUAUAUAGUUGGUCCAGCCAUCUUCAGCCGCCUCGCUUCCUACUCUAUGCUCGUCAUCACCCAAGCCUUUGCAGGUCAUUUGGGUGAUCUUGAACUUGCUGCUAUCUCCAUCUCCAAUAAUGUCAUCGUUGGUUUCGACUUUGGUCUUUUGUUGGGAAUGGCAAGUGCUUUAGAAACGCUAUGUGGACAAGCUUAUGGCGCAAAAAAGUAUUACAUGUUGGGUGUGUACAUGCAACGUUCAUGGAUCGUGCUAUUCUUGUGUUGUGUUUUGCUUUUGCCUUUGUAUCUAUUUGCCUCACCAUUCUUGAAGGUGUUGGGCCAGCCAAAGGAUGUUGCAGAGUUAUCUGGGGUGGUUGCUAUGUGGAUGAUACCUCUUCAUUUCAGCUUUGCGUUUCAGUUUCCUCUACAGAGAUUCUUGCAAAGCCAACUUAAGACUAUGGUGAUUGCAUGGGUGUCUUUGUUGGCCUUAUUGGUGCAUAUACUUGUGAGUUGGCUGUUUGUAUACAGGAUGGAACUGGGUGUGAUUGGUACAGCUGUUACUUUAAAUUUUUCUUGGUGGGUUUUAACGAUUGGUCUCUUUGGUUAUGUUUUUUGGGGUGGGUGUCCUCUCACUUGGAAUGGUUUCUCCAUUGAAGCCUUUUCUGGUCUUUGGGAGUUUGUUAAACUCUCUGCUGCUUCCGGUGUAAUGCUAUGCUUGGAGAAUUGGUACUAUAGAAUAUUGAUACUGAUGACCGGAAAUUUGAAGAACGCAGAGAUCGCUGUUGAUGCUUUAUCGAUAUGCAUGGCAAUAAAUGGAUGGGAGAUGAUGAUUCCAUUUGCAUUCUUCGCUGGAACCGGAGUACGAGUUGCUAACGAGCUUGGGGCUGGUAAUGGGAAAGGAGCCAAAUUUGCUACAACAGUUUCAGUAGCGACAUCCGUCGUUAUAGGCCUCUUAUUUUGGUUAUUGAUAAUGAUCUUUCAUAAUGAACUUGCUUUGAUAUUCUCUUCAAGUGUACCUGUCUUACAAGCAGUAAACAAACUAUCUGUUCUCUUAGCAUUCACUAUUCUACUCAACAGUGUUCAACCAGUUCUCUCAGGGGUGGCCGUAGGAUCAGGAUGGCAAUCCUUUGUGGCUUACAUAAACUUGGGUUGUUACUAUCUGAUUGGAGUGCCUCUUGGAUUUGUGAUGGGAUGGGGCUUUCACCAAGGUGUUAUGGGAAUUUGGGCUGGAAUGAUUUUUGGAGGGACAGCAGUUCAAACCUUGAUACUGGCGAUAAUAACCAUGAGAUGCGACUGGGAUAAAGAGGCUGAGAAAGCAAGCCUUCAUGUGAGGAAAUGGUCAGAAACAAACUAAUUCAAUAAGAACGCAGGAUUUAUUUGACUGAAUAAAAGGAUGAAUCGCCAAGCGAUCUGAAUGGCUAGGCUUCAUUGCCUACUAAAUUUUGAUUGGCCUCAAAUUGCCAAAUCUGUAAAUGUGGUGCUAGUAUUCAAUGAAAUUAUAAAAUAUCGUAUUGUUUUUUAA